AUGUCUAAUGAGGUUUCAUCAUGGGCUAAGAAGUAUGGUAAAAAGUUGUUCAUGUUAACAAUACAUUUCGAUAAGGCAUAUGAUAACGUGAAUUGGGAAUUUCUGUUUUCUGUGAUGGAUCAAAUGGGUUUUCCUCAGUUGUGGUGUAAGCGGAUCCGUGGGGUUUUGACUUCGGUGAGAUCUUCGAUUUCGGUAUAUGGUCCGCCUACAUUUGAAUUUGAGUGUCAGAAAGGCAUUCGCCAAGGUGAUCAUGUUUCCCCGUUUUUAUUCAUAAUUGUUAUGGAAGCGUUUUGGGGUUUAAUUAAAAAAGCGAGUUAUAUUGGCGCUUUUGAUGGGGUGCGGCUUCCUAAGAAUGGUCCGGUUCUUUCCCAUUUACUUUAUGCGGAUGAUGCGAUGUUUAUGGGUAUUCUAGGCCCGUUUCUCGCAUACGGGGCUCCGGUUACGGUAGUAAAUAAAUUAGAAAGUCUUAUGCGAAGGUUCUUAUGGGGAGAAUCGGAUGAGGUGAAAAAAAUGAGUUGGGUUGCAUGGGACAUGGAGACUAAAUUGAAACAAGAAGGAGGAUUGGGCUUAUCAAGGUUAGAAGAUAAUAAUAAAGCAUUGUUAUUGAAGUGGUUUUGGAGAAUUUAUACGGAAAAGGAGGCUUUGUGGAGGAAGGUUAUUGAUUCUCUACAUGGUUCAAAUCGAAGAUGGGGCCAGUUCCUCUAA